ACGAGGUGUCAUGGCGGCCGUCCUGUCAGUGAGUUGUUCCCUGCAUCGCCCAUGGUAACGGCAGGCGGGCACCCGGGAGGCGAGAUUGGAGAUCGCGAAUCGGUAUCCCGCGGCGGUAAAGGGAGAUGAGUCACAACAAGGUGAAAAACAUGGAAGACACAUGGAAAACAGAUGAGUUGACAAGGCAUUUACAGUUGGCUGACACUGAAAGAAAAUUAAAUGAAAAGACGAAUAAGGAGAAGAAACAUCACAGAGAUUAUGACGAUAGAGAAGGAAAAGAGCUGCAUAAAAAUAUUGAUAGGGACAGACAUAGGGAGAGAGAUAAGGGUAGAGAACACACCAGAGAAAAGGAGAGGACAAGAGACAAAGAGAAAGAUCGGAAAAAGGAUAAGGAAGUGUACGAAUCCGACAGACACAAAGUGAGAGACGAGGAAAAGGUAGAGGAUAAGAAAUCUAGCAGGGGUGAUCCAGAUAAAGUGUCUGGAAGUCGUCAACUGUAUGGAGAUGUUAAUCCAAUAAGAGUGGAAAAGGAGCGAAGACGAAGACUGCUAAAAGAUGGUCAAGAGAAAAAUAAACCCAGCGGUGAUGACAGAGAACAAAGGCACAGAGUAAGAAAAGAAAAAGAAGAGAAAAUUCAAGAGAAAGAAGAUAACGAGGAAAGAAAGCCGAGACAUGGAAAGCACAGGGAAGAUUUAAAUAAUGAAGAUCGAGAAAGAGAACGAGAGAGGAGAAGGAGUGAGAGAAAACAUAGUGAGAAUACCGAGCGGGAGAGAAAGCAUCGAAAUACAACGGAGACCCCAACGUCGGGUUACGUAGAGCAGGCUAGCGUGGCACAGAAACUGAAAGCGAGAAACCCAAGAGAGAAGGUCUUACAGGAGGGAGACAAAGGAAGAAGGCAUCGGGAAAGAAGCGAUAAGGACGAGAAGACAGCUGAAAAAAGAAAAAGGGAAAAUGAGGCCCAAAAAUCUCAGCCAGAACUCUCCCGUGACUCUAUCAAACGGAAAGAGACCAAUGAUGAAAUGAGAAUGGAAAAAGAAGAUGCAUCCGAUUCUGCGCACGCUGCAGAUGGAGGCUACGAUGACUCCAACUAUGAGGAGGAUUUUGAAGAUUAUGAUGACGAUUUUGAAGAUGAGAGUGACCCUGAGCUUAAGGAACCAGUAAAUUACCAAAACCCUCUGUCGGCUUUCAAAAACACAGAAAUGGCAGCCAUUCAGAAGGCUAUGGCUUUGGAAAAUGAUCUGAUUGCCUCAUUUCCCUCAAAGGAGGAACAAAAUAUAUAUGAGCCAGAGCCAAACGGCCGACCAGAUCCUACAAACAAGGUAGCUCACAGGGGUAUUUUUAUAGACUUUGGAACUGCAAAGCAACAGGGGGUUAAUCGCCAAAUAGCCACUAAGCUAAAAAAACGGAGCACAGAUUUACUUCGACUCAUAGACUUGGAUUUUUCUUGUACUGUGUCUUUGUUGGAUCUGGCUCCAGUGAAAGAAUAUGACAUGUACAUCCGAACUUUUGGAAAAACAAAUACAAAACAGGCUUAUGUACAAUGUAAUGAAGAUUAUGUUGACAGAGAUAUUCAAACUGAGGAAAUAGAUCUUGAAGAGAAAUGGACUCAACAUCCAGGGGAGAGCGCUGUGGUCUGUGGAGGCCACAAAAAUGAUGGAGCAUUGAAUAUGGAUUCUGUAACGAAGAUGGACGCACAGCGAUUAACAAGCUUCCUUCGCUCUGCUUUCCAGGUUGUUGCUGUUCUCCUGGAAGAGGAUCGCGCUGAGAGACACUUAGAGUGGAAACCCCAGUCCAAAGAACCAUGUAUGUCAAUCAGCGAUGGCUGUUUCCAGAUAAAUACCAAAUUACCAUUUCUCCAAGAUCGCAAUGUUUCCCGACUACAUUUCUCAGAAGCACCAAGGCACCUUCUGCUAUCCGUGCAUGGAUCCUGCAACCAUGCCGAAUCCACCCUUCUGAAAGACAAGUUUGUUAUCUGCGUGUGGAAUAUUUGGGAACCCACCUCUCCCCAGCAUGUUCUUAUCUGCGAAUCCAAGGUGGAGUGCUGCUGUUUCGGACCUGGUAAAGUACCCCUUGUAUUUGCUGGGACAAAGGAUGGCUCUGUUCUAGUCUGGGAUCUACGAGAAGACACCAGUAUGCAUCAGAGGAUGACCUUGUCAGAUACCUGUUGGCCUUUCAGAUCAGCCACAUUUUCUACUGAUGGAGUCCUGUCAAAGGUAAACCACUCAAGCCCGAUAAAAGCAAUCGAGCCAGUUCUCAGUACAACGUUUAAAGAACACGGCAUAACAAGAUUUACUUACCAGGAAGACACAUCAGGCUUGUCGUUCCAUAUAGCAACAUUAGAUGAAACUGGACAUCUUAUUUUGUGGGUUGUGGUUGAGUUAAGAAAAGAUGACUUGGCAGGUUCACAAAAUGAUUUAGGUUUAAUCCCAGGAGGCAAAGUAAAGUUAGUUCACAGUUCUUCCAUAUUUCUUAAUGACAGCUUUUUCCCCAAAGAUGUUUUGUCCCUGGGACAGCCACAAACUCUGAAUAUUAAAUUUAUGCCGCAAGACUCAAACCAUUUCUUCAUUGGGACAGAUAUUGGGCUUGUAACUCAUGGCACACGAUAUGGAUUAAUAGAACCUCCAAAGCACUAUAAACCCCUUCACAGUACGAUCCGACUGUCAAAGGUCACCACCAUCGAUUUCUCGCCAUUCGAAGUGCCUGCAUUUCUGGCUGGAUGUUCAGACGGGUGCAUACGAUUACAUACGACGAGCGUGCAGUUUCCAGUUAUGCAGUGGAAUGAGAGCACCAAUGGACAGUCAGUUACAGCUCUACGUUGGUCACUGACAAGACCAAAUGUUUUCUUUGUUUUGGAUGCUACAGGCUGCAUUUACAUUUGGGAUUUGUUACAGAAUGAUUUGCAACCAAUAGCCAAAGAAUCCACGUUGUCUGAUCAAGUUCUAAGCAUGGCCAUUUUUGGUGAACCAGAAAAGAAUAAUGGUCUGAUGGGUCUAGCACUGGCAAGAACCUCUGGGAAAGUGGAAAUUCAGUAUAUCAAGAAGAAAUGGGCAAAACCCCAGCCUAAGGACAAGGACCGAUUCUCUCUGUUGUUACUUUAGAACAUUUUUGUUACCUGUUUUAUAUUUGUAUAUAACAACUACAGUUUGUAUGAUAAAACUGAAUAAAUUAUUACAUAUUCUCAUAUAUAUUUUUUUUAUCAACAUCUUUAUUUGUAUUCAGAGCUUUAUAUGUUAGAGGUGUAGAAACUGGUGCUUACAAAGCUACCAUCAAAUGCUUUGCAUCAGAAAGAUAUGAAGUUGUAAUAUUUUUAUAUUGGUGACAUUUUGUGCCUGUAUAAUAUAACUUGAACUGAAUGGAGAACAUAAAAGUCUGUGCAAGGCAGGUGCUCUGAGCAAUUGCUGCCUCUUGAGUUUGGCUCCACUGAGCUAACCAAACCAGGAAGUAACAAGACCUAUUGUCUGACAGCCAGGGGGGUUGUAACCAGGAAACCACUUACUCUGGUUUCUAUGACAUUAAAUGCUCUCAACCCUGCAGGUCUCCUUUAACAAUUUUGCUGGUGAAGCCCAAUGAGUUCAAUUGCAGAUGUGGCUGAAUGUACUAAAUUGAUUGCCCCAACUAGUUAUUGUCGGAUCAGGUUUUGGUGAAUCUAUAAUAAAUUGAUAUCAGUGACAUUUUUGUGUUGUAUAUACAUUUUUUUUUAGUAGAAAUGUAUAUAUUUUUUCUGGCA